UCCAUUUGAUUGAUCACCACAUUAUUUAGAGGGCGGGACUUUUCAGAAAUCGUAUAUAUAACGCAAUCAUCACAGACUUUCACAUUGACUACAAAAUCUAUAAGUAACAUUUAAUUAUGGUUCGAUUUUCAGUCGUAUUUGUUUUUGUUGUAGUUUUCGUCAAGUAUAAAGCCGUAGCGCUACCAGGAUGUUUCUUUGAUGUGAUGACCAAUGCCGGCACUGCACCUUUAAUAAUUCAAGGCGUAAGGGAAUUUACAGAACCUUCAGCUAAUGGAAGCAUUCACGUUGGAUUUAGAGAAGGUAUGAUCGUUGCUUGUCCAGGAGGACAAUUCACACCACCUGGCUUAUACGCACUUGGCCAGAGCAUGAUCUGCAUAGAAGGUACAACGAUCAGAAUUGGAACAGCACUUACUUUGGACCUUGCUAACUUCAUAUGCACUGACAGAGCAAGACCAUAUAUAGAAAUGAAACACACCGACUUAUAUUGUGAGAACUCUACUCAUCCCGUUAAAAUAGGCUAUUCUAUUGCAAUGUACACAACCGAUCUACAAUUUUUUCCCGUCUAUUCGGUUUGCUUUCGACUUCUUAGUGGUAUUCCGUUAUAUGUCAAACACAAAGUAAAUAAAUGGGCACGAUCUGGCCAGAAUUAUCCAAAAGCACCCAGAUAUGUGUUUGAUUUUUAUCUAAUCAAUUCGAACGCAGACGAAGAGUACGACAAUUAUGAAACUAGAUUCAAAGAAAUGGGUCUCCAAGAGUACAUCAAUGAUCAACAUUAUUUAACGAAGGGACAGCUGGCUCCAUAUGAUGACUUUGUUUAUGCUGUUCAAAGAGACGCGACUUAUAAUUUAGUUAAUGUUGCUUCACAGUGGAAUACUUUCGAUGAAGGCAACUGGAGGUCACUAGAAAAUGGAAUUAUAAAUCUGUUACAAAGUCAAGAUAUCGAAGGUGCCACAAUUUUAACGGGAACCUUAAAAUUAGCUACUUUGACAAAUUCCACCGGAGAUGAAGUUGAACUUCGUAUUGCAGUACAUAUUGUAGUUCCAAGAUGGUUUUGGAAGAUUGUUUAUUUUCCAGAGCUGCACUUCGGUGCAAUCUUCUUCGGAUAUAAUAAUCCUUACGUGAACAAGUUUCUCGUUGACGCGGAAUUUUUGACGGAAAUAUGUUCCACGGAUGUCUUCGGAACGUUACAAAGUAGUUGGAUGUUGAAUGAUAUUGACAACACAGACCCAUUUUUGGGAUAUACCUAUGCUUGUCCAUUGAACACUGUUCAAAUAAUUGAUCCCCUUAUUGGUGAAAUUGUUACUAAUUUUCUUGCAGAACUAAAUGUGACUAGUUUUGGAAUAUUUCCCGAAGUCGUUUAGACAAGACCGGAUAUAUAUAUAUAUAUAUAUAUAUAUAUAUAGUAGUAGCAGCGUAGAUUGUUUAAAUAAUAUUCGUUUAUCUAGUAAUGUGCAUUACUAGAAAUUCAACUUGUUUUUGUAUGGUGUCCAGUAAAAAAUUUGCUGGUUGUGGGUGUUUUACUGCUAUGAGUAUGGCACUAAAGUUUUCGGCGUGAUACGUUCAGAGCAACUGUUCCUCUAAUGGAGUCUGUUAUAGCAGAAGUAAAAAUAAAAUGUAAAAUCUUAAAAAAAAUAAAAAAAACUAUUUUCUUAA